AUGCAUCAGGGAAGAUUUUCCAAAUUUCUCGGUCCAGGUAAUGCAUUUCUAGCAGAGUUAUAUGGAGCCAUUUUGGCUAUUGAAAUUGCUAAGCAGAAAAAUUGGAAUAACUUUUGGCUCGAAACUGAUUCCACGCUAGUUGUUCUCGCUUUCUCCAAACCCCAUAUUGUUCCUUGGGCUCUCAGAAUCAGAUGGGAGAAUGUUAUCCAACAUACUAGAUCCAUUAAUUUUUUGGUCACUCAUAUUUAUCGGGCAGGAAAUUAUUGUGCGGAUAGGCUUGCUAACAUAGGAUUACAUGUUCAAGAUUUUACCUCGUGGGAUGUUGUUCAUAGGGAGAUUCUUAUGGAGUUUGCUAAAAACUUCAUCGAUCUUCCUAUUUAUAGAGUUACUCAUUAA